AUGCAACAGCUCCCAUACGUUGUCGUUACGAACCCAAAUAUCAGCGAAGUGUAUGACCUGUACUACAAUGCUUUCGACGCAUUUCGCAAGGUCAAGGAGAUCAAAUCUCUCGACGACAACGACCGAUUAUGCAAGGUCAUUAGCCAGACGCUCAAGGAACACCUCACAGUCAUACCGAAGCUUGCUAUGGGAAUUCUAGAGUGCAGCGGCCUGAUGAAAGCGGAAGAGUUGGACAAGUUCAUGAACACCAUCUUACGAUCGCGCAUCUCCCGUCGAGUCAUCGCCGAGCAACACCUCGCCCUCACCGAAACCUUCCACGCGCCCUGGUUCUCUCCCGGUGCCAAGCUCGGAGACACCGACUUCAUCGGCGAGAUCUUCCUCAAGUGCAUCGCCAAGGACGUCAUCGAGCGCUGCGGCAAGGCGGUCCAGGGCCUCGCCCGCGCCGCCUACGGCCCGGACGUCGUCAUGCCCGAGAUCGUCGUCCUGGGCCACCUCGAGGCCACCUUCCCCUACAUCCUCAGCCACCUCGAGUACAUCAUCGGCGAGCUGCUGCGCAACUCGGUGCAGGCCGUCAUCGAGAAGCACCAGCAGGGCAGGCCCGGGGGCGAGGAGAAGCCGCCACCGAUCGAGGUGACGGUCUGCGAGGCGGCGCAGCACGUCAUCAUCCGCGUCUCGGACCGCGGCGGCGGCAUCCCCCGCGACGUCAUGCCCUACCUCUGGUCCUUCAGCAAGGGGCCGCAGAGCCAGAAGCUGCUCGAGAACCUGGGCCAGGUGCCGAGGAUGAGCGCGACGCUGCAGGAGCUGCGGCCCAUCUCGCCGGCGCAGGAGAUGCGCCGUCCUCACCACCAUCACGAAGACGGGAAACACCAGCACCACGGCCACGGCCACGGCCACGGCCACAGCCACGACGGUGGCGAACCACACCACGAGGGCUCCCUGUCGACCCUCACCGGCCGGCCGCCAAACCUUAGGCUGGGGAUGGGCCUGCCGCUGAGCCGCGUCUACGCAGAGUACUGGGCCGGCAGUCUCGAGCUGCACAGCCUCGAGGGCUACGGCGUGGAUGCCUUCUUACAGAUCUCCAAGCUGGGCAACAAGAACGAGCAGCUCACGACGAGAGCGAGCAUGGAUGCCGUCUAG